ACGAGAAAGUAGCACCGCUCCUCUGCCCUCCUCCAAAUCUCUCUCCAUCUUCGCCGUCCUCGAGCCGCCCUCUCUCCCAUCUGCCUCCGCCAUGGCCCAACCCGCCUUCCUCUUCUCCCUCCGCUCCCGCCUCCGGACCCCGCCGCCGCCCCCUCACGUCCAGCCCCGCCGCGCGUACCACGUCGAGCUCGGCGCACGCGAGAAAGCGCUUCUAGAGGAAGAUGUUGCUUUGAAGAGGUUCAAAUCAUUCAAGAACAAUGUGAAACAGGUCUCCAAGAUUGGGAAUUUUCUCACCCUUGUUGUUGUUGCUGCCUGCAGCUACCAGAUCGCUUCACUGGCGGCAAGCACGCAAUGAAGGAGAUGCAACCGUGACCGAGCACUUAGAUCUACCUGAAAGUGUUUCAUCUCAUAAACUGGCAUUUUAUCAGCACUCCUUUCGAGCUUACUGUGUCGAUCUUAUCAUGUAAAAUAAAACAAACAAGGUUGACCUUAUUUGUCAUUCAGUUGCUAGUUUCUCUGCCUGUUUGUUACUUGUACACAAAGUGAAGGUUUCAUUUACCUGGGGAUCCGCUCUGCUAUAGAUGUUUCAAUAAAUUUUUGGCCUGGGAUCUUUCAUGGCGCCUUGA